AUGGGUUUGACUUCUUCAGGUUGCAACGAUGGCAAUGAGGCCGAAGCGUUGGCUGUUAAAAAAUUCUUGGCCAUAAGUGAAGCAGAUCAAUAUAAAAGCUACAAAUUUAACAAGAUUCAAGGACAUUCGAACAUGGACAAUAUUCGCAGACAAUUUUACUCAUCGACAAUGGAAACGAAUGAAAGGAUACUACUGCCUGGUAAAGUGGACUCCCUUACCACGCACGUACGACGACAUGAUUUUGCACGGUCUGAGCCACCGGAGCGUCUCCGACGUCAUCAAGCAUAG